AUGUUUCAUAUUUGGAUAUUUUUGGUGAUAUUCGAUGGUGUUUAUUGUCAACCAGCUAUUCCGCCACCAGAAAGACCAGGUUUGUGUGGGUUAAUUAGAAGUUUAGGAGCAUUUUCUGAUCGGUGAUUUUGUGAGCUUUUUUUGAUGACCUAUUGGUUGAAGAAAAGUUAUAGUACAGUAGAUUUUAAAGCUAAAACGAAUAAAUUAUUAUUAUUAUUAUUAUUCUUCGAACGUAUCAAAAGUCUAUAAGACCGAGAGGACCAGAAUAUGUGUUCACUUUUCACUUUCGUUUCCAAAAUGAUACUUUUCGAUUCUGAUACAAAUCUGUGCUUUUUUGUUUUUGAAAUAAAAUAUGUGCUCAUUUUGGCUUCUGAAUCAAAAAAAAAGUAUGCUCACUUUCGGUGCUAAACACAAAAAUGUGAUUCUUUUUGAUUCUGAUCACAAAGAUGGGCUCUUUUUUGCUUCCGGACAAAACUAGGUGCUCAUUUUUGUUUCUGAAUCAAAGUUGUGCUUAUUUUUGCUUUUGAGCAAAACUAUCAUCUAUAUCAUAAUUCCUGAAAAACACCAUAUUUCCUACAGAACCUUUUAUUUUCCGAAAACCCUCUACUUUCUAAAAAACCCUUCAUUUUUUCUAAAACCCUUAUUUCCGAACAGAGCUGAGCUUUUUUUAUUCCGAACCAAAAAUAUUACUAAUUUCAAAUCCUGAGCGAAAAAAGUUAAUUUCUAAUUCAAAUGUUAUGUCCAGUUUUGCUUCUGGAACAUACUCAGAGAUUCGCUGGCCAGCUCGCCACUAGAUCAGGACCAGGUGGCCGUAAAGUUCAAAACGAGCUGAAUUUGAUUCGGCCACCAGGUCGCCUUGAGUUUUCCGGCCACGCGGCCUGUGUAUUUGAAAUCCUGGAAAGCUAGCAAGACGGUGGUUUGUACUCAAAAUAGUGCAUUUUUUACUGUUUUUUUCACUUCGUAAGGUUUCUAGUACUCCGAAAAAACAGAAAAUGAGCCAAUUUCUUUUAGAAUGCUCGGAUUCACAAGUUUUUUGGACUUUUUUCUCUUAAGCGAGACGAUCUGGACGCGAGGUCGGGUCGAGCUGGACAACCUGCGCGAGGUGGUCUGCAUGAACUGAACCACCUCGCGACCAGGUCGUCUGGCAAAAAAUACGGGCGAUGUGGUUGUCCGUGUCAAUUUCAGAUGGGCAGUCGACCCCACCUAGUGACCAGCUGGCCAGCGAAUCUCUGAGUAGUUUCAAGUAAACUUUGGCGGAACUUGUUUUAAAGGACUUUUUCAAUUCCGAAGCAAAAAUAGCCAGUUGUUAUCUAGGAUUUGAUUGUCGAUUUUUCUCAAAAAUUUCUUCCUGAAGCAAUUUUCUGAGCCAAAGUUGUUUUGACUACUAUUUUUAAAUGAUAAAAAAGAAGAAGCCUCGGAAAUCAAACAUUUUUUGACACACAUUUUUCAAAAACCGGGAGGAACAUGUAACCUAACCCAUAUUUAUUUAUAUGUAUGCACUUAUGAAAAAUUGUGGCAUCAAAAAUCAAACAGGAUGAGAGUAGAUUAAAUUUCAAUCUAAAAAAAUCAGGGAUACUGUGGUUUUUUAUUCAAAAAAUGUGUUAUUAUGAAAAAUGAUAAACUAUUGUUAAACACUUCAAAAAAUGUAUUUUUAGAAUGUUCGGCUGGCUGGCAAUCACCCGACUUAACCUAUGUUCCAUCAAUCAAUCAAUGCACAGAAUAUACAACCGGAAAUGGUAUUCCGUGUAAACCAAACAACCCGUUCACCUGCACUGGAAGAAAUCCAUUUUGCGCCAAAUCGCAAGACACAAAUGUAUUCAAAUGUUGUAGUGAUAUUAUUCAAGAUUCAAGUGAAAUGGGUAAUCUGACUGAAAGUCAAGUAAAACCAAGUAAGUUUUGAAAAAUCUGUUUUGAAAUGUCAAAACGAAAAACAUUAUGGGAAAUUAUCUGGAAAGCCAGUGGAAGCAACAUUAGUUUGAAAAUUUAAAAGUUCAAAAAAAGUGAAACACCGUGUAAAAUCUCUUGACAAAUUCAGAUGUUUCGAGCUGCGUUUUUCUGUCAAUUAAGAUUUUAAUGAAAAAUAGAAAUGAAAUUGAUUCAAAUGAGUAUAUUUUUAUGUUAAACUCUACCUGUAAGAUAUCAAGGAUUUCAUAUUAGGAUGUUCAUUUUUCUAAACUCCCCCUUCCGCGGGGUCCUCACCCCAUUGAAGACAUUUUUUGUUCAUUGGAAAUAAUAUUUUGGAUAGUAUUAGUUUUUUUGUUUAUUUGUUUUUCGCUUCUUAUUUGUUUUUAUUUGAUUCUGAUGGGUUUUUGGCGAAGAAUAAAAUGUCGACAAAAACGUUCAAUUACUCGUAAACGAUUGGAUAAUGAAUCAAUAAAAUUAGUAAAUCAGAAUGGCCGGAACUUUUUUAGAUUUGCAAUCAUUAAUGACAAAAACUAGAUAUUUUCACCAAUAAUAUUCUGGAAUUUUUCUCAACAUUCUAUUCUUCUCUUUCUCCCUUAGUUUUAUUGGGUGACUUUGAAAAACCUUACAGUAUGCCCUGCGGGAGCAAUUCCCUACAAAAUGCCACAUGUUUUGUUGUGUGAUCCGUCAAUUGUCAAUAUUUGUCCAUACGAUUAUAAGGUGAAUUUUUUUUUGAAACGUUUUGAACCUCAAACAUCUUAUUUUUUUAAUUUCCUCACUUGUGAGUUUAAUUUCGCUCACCAACAAUCCUAUUUUCCAGUGUGUCGAGGCUGCAAACGGUGCCCAGCUGCCUCCGGAUGGUAGAUCGCUCUGCUGCAAAACCACAACGCUUUAUUCAUUUGCCUCAGUUUUUGGUGAAGCCAAAAUUACACCAAGAAUUGUGCCAAAUCCGCCAUUGUCUGCUAUUGAAUUUGUGAGUUUAUAAUUUGACUCUAGAUUUUGAGACUGUGGAUGAAUAGGUUACUGUGAAGAAAAAUAUCAGACAUCGCAAAAUUAGGAUUUCAGGAGUAGAUUUUUUGAAAUUGGAGUGAUUUUUCAGAUAAAGUUAAUCUUAAAUAGAAAUUACUGUAUCUAGAAAUCAGGAGUAUUUCAAGUACGUGAACAAUAUUUUGAUUAACUCACUGUUACUUUAGUUCAAUUGGAAUUUUGAUAAUACAAUAACUGACAUUUUAAGUAAAAACUAUUCACAAUAUUUUCCAGGUAACUCUAAACGUGCAUACUUCGGCCAAAGAGCAUGCUCCCGAAAUCCGCAUCGGCGAUCAUUUUGUGCUCACCCCAUACAAACUCUAUGAACCAGCAUAUCUCAAAAAAGUGAAACUUUUCAGUGAUUUUGGCUAUGGUUCAUAUGUUCAUGUUUUAUUAUUUGGUCAGUUUUUUUUAGUCUUGCUCAGUGAGCCGGAACAAUUGGAUUUGAGUCGAACGUAUUUAUUUUUGUUGUUUUUUGCAGAUCCUCUUUCAACAACCGAAACAAUGCAAUUAUAUUAUGAUCGACCGACAUCUAACGGCAAAAUGAUUCCAUUGGAUGAGCCGAUACCAGAUGGCGGAUUCAUUUCAAAGAAAAUUUUCAAUGCUGCUCCAAUUACACAGAUUGAAAAUCCAACAAGACCUGGGCCUAUAAAAGAAUGUGAGAAAAUUGGAAACCAUAUUUAUAAGAACUCAACUCCGUUCUCAAAAUCUAUUUUCAUACCGUAUCAUAUUUUUCCAAGUUUCCGUUUUGAAGCAUAGAAAUCGUGCAAAGUCUAGAAACCCUGAAAAAACCAGAUUUCUCUAGACCACCAUAUUUUUGUUUUCUUCACAGAUCGUAAGCUUUGGAUAGUAUUGGUCUUCAAAACAGUUAAUCCAAUCACUCGGCUAUAUAUUCUUUCUUCAAAAGAUCUCCACAAAAAUUAUCGAUCGGUUACUGAAUUUUUGAAAUCAGACACUGGAAAUAUGUUGGGAACUCCAGUAGCCGGCACAUAUUUUUACGUGAGUUUUUGAAAUUUGAAUUUUAUUUUUGAUUUAAUCUAACUUUUUUCAGCUGACAACUGAUUGAUCAAACCUGUGUCAUUAAUUUAUUUGUUCAAUCCUUGAAAAAUUUUUUUAUAUAAUAAAAAGUUAUUUAUUGUUUUUUGAAAACAAAAUCCCUAGAAGUUGUGGUGUAAGAAGAACACCCGAACAAACAAACAAAAAAAUGCUGAGACAAAUAUGAAACAUGUCAAAAAUGUAAAGACAAAACGCGCGAAAAAUUUUCGCUUUUCUGUUUUCACAAAAAGUCCAUUGGGAAUCGCGGAAGAACUCUCUUCUUGCACCAAAAAAUCUCCAUUUUUCUCUAUAUAUUCCCAAAAUGUGUCAUUUCAGUUGUCUUCACACCACAUACACAAACAAAAUUGGGCGUGGCUUGAGGAAAAACGGGGGGAGAGCCGAAAAAAAAAAAAGAGAAGCUGAAGCUUGAGCUUAAACCAAAAAAUCUUGACCACGCCUUUUUUUCAUAUGUGAGUGAGUGAGUGAAAAAAAAAGAAUUUCGUGAAAGUGGUAUGUUUUUUCACGGUGAAUAAAUACAUAAAUGAUUAAAAAAUCCGAACCAAUAUUCAUAUGUAUUCAGUUUAUAUUUAUUCUGAUUUUAUUUUCUGCCAACUUCUUUUGCCAAUGUGAUGAGAUUGAGGAUGAACUUUUUCGAAAUUCUACAAAUUCGAAUUCUUCAGAUAAAUCUUCUGGUAAGACCUUUAAAAAACAAUUAUGAAACUCGAAAAAAAAGGCCAAAAAAAUGAAAACCUGGAACCCCACAAUUUUUUUUUGAAAAAUUGUUCAAUCAAACUUGAUGGAUGCUUCUCUAAAAAAUUACGUAUUUUCCAGAUGCUUUCGAGAGAACCUAGAAAGGCUCGAGAGCUUAGAGAGCCUAGAAAGCCUAGAGAGCCUAAAGAGCCUAGAGAUCCCGGAUGGCCUAGAGAGCCUAGAGACCCUGGAGAGCCUAGAAUUCCAGACAUAUGUUAACUUCGCGUGAAUACUUAAUGAACCAUUUUUUCAUUUUCUCAUCAAUUACUUUUUCUUUCUUUUUUUUGAAUAAAAAGAGACACAAAAAAAGAAAAGUACACAACGCCUAAUUUUUAUGUUAAUUUCAAAUUUAUUCGAAUUUUUUUGUUUUUGAAAGAAAAUUGACAACAGUAGUAAUGUCAAAGUCUUCAUUAGAAAAAGUAAUAAAAAAGUUGGUUUUAAAUGUGUCACAUUAAAAGAAUGAAGGAUUUCUGAAUAUUUGGAUUGACAAGUUUUAUUAGACCACCCAAAAAAAAGUAAAAGGGAUCUUUGGGGGAGAGGGAAUUUUUUUCGGAUUUUAAAAGCUUGAAAAAUUUUUGAACUGAAUUUGAAACAGUAAAAAAAUACUGUAGGAUGAAAUUUUCAAAAAUUCUAAAAAUUCCUAGAUCCUAGAGAACAUAGAAAGCGUAGAGAGCCUAGAGCCUAGAAAACCUAGAGAGCUUAGAGAGCCUAGAAACGCUUAUCUACAGUACAUUUGUGUUUUCCUGUCAUAUUUAUUUUUGAUCCGAAAAUCUUGUUUUCUGCCGCCAAAAUUGGAACCAACAAACAAAGAACAAUUUAUUAUCCUUAAUAAUUGCUGACUCAUUUUAGCGCCCAAAAAUCUUCUUAUUUUUUCCAAUUUUUCCAAGCUCAAAAAAAUGUUACCCAAAAAUCUCUGUCUUGCGUGUGUAAAAGUCGUACCGGAAACCAAUCGCCAUCAGUGAAAUGGCGGGGAUUCUCUCUUUUUCUUGAAUUGUGUGUGAAAAAGUUGUGUUGGCGUAAAUUUGGGUGGUGCAGGAAAAAAGAGAAAAGGGAAGAAAAAUGAAACAAUUUGCAUAAAUGACGCAUAUAAAGUGUAUGAAAAUUGGAUUGCAAUCGGAAAAAAAGCGUGGUGAUUCAAUUUUUGAUGAAUGUCAUUUUGUUUGUUGACAAGGGAAACAUUCUGGUUGUAAAAUCAAUGAACAUUUUUAGAUUUAGAGAAGAUAUCAAGAAAUUUGCCAAAAAUUGAUAUAACCUAAAAAUAUGAAAACUUAUUUUAAAUUUUAAAACAAGGACUCGGGGAAAAAGAUUUUCCUUCAGAAAUGCGCCAGCGCAUCCCAAGCAUCUAGAAAUGCACCCUCAAAACUUCCAAGUUUUUUUGAAUUAGGAAUAAAGAAGUAGACAAGAACAAAAAAACGCGAAAAAAUUUGUCUUCCGUUUGUUUUUGUGUGUUCUGGUAAUUGAAUUAUUAUUGCUGGCAAGCCACCAUUUUAUUUAUUUUUUUUAUAGCGAAAAUGAUGGAAAACGGAUGUAUUUUUAGGAUUUUGUUGAGGGAAGACAAGUUGAUUGAGAGAAGUUCUGGUAACUUGAAUAACAUUUUUCUCUGCAACAUAUUGUUCAAAAUUUUUGAAGUGUUGUUCGUGAUGAAAAUUUGAUUACGUAAUUUUUACAAAAAAACUGAGCAAAGUGGAAAAAAUAAUAUGCAUAUAAAUUUUUUUGGAUUUAUCCAGCCAAGCCUUAAUUUCUCAGAAUCCGAAUACGACGAUGAAGAACGUCUUCUUAUCGACCUAUUUCGCGAAUACAAUUAUCUAAUCCGUCCAGUUCAAAGUGUUCACAGUCCUCCGGUUGAAGUACAAUUCGGUGUUGCUAUGAUUCUUCUGAUCAAUGUCGAUGAAAAAAAUCAGAUUCUUCAGACAAAUGUGUGGCUUACAAUGAAAUGGACAGAUUUCCAAUUAAAAUGGAAUCCAGAGGAAUACGGUAUGAAAUACUUUUAAUUAUGCAAUGAACUAACAAUAAGUGUAAAAAUAUUGCAGGAAACAUCAGAAAUCUGCAUAUUCCUUCGGAUCGAGUUUGGCUUCCUGAUAUUGUACUUUUCAACAAGUAAGUGUCCAAAAAAUUCUAGAUUUCGGCCAAAUUUCUGCUCAAAAUCUAGUUUUAUUUUAUUUUAUUGAAUUUUUGUCUUCAAAAAAAUUCAAUUUGAUAGAAAAAGAGAGAUAUACACAUGUCACCUACUACAAUUUAUACUAGCCUUUCCUAACUAACAAGGAAACAUGUUUUUAUUGCAUUUAUGUAUGUUAGGAUCUUUGAAAAAGCAAGAUUUUUGGGAAAAUGUGAAAAGAGGGAAAGUGUUAGAAACAAUUUUGGUGGAAGCUUUGAAUCAAAGGAACCGGAAAUUUUGAAUUGUUAGAAAAUCUUUAGAAUUCUUAAUUUUUCCGGAAACUGGCGAAGAAUGAAUGGGUUUUAGAAAUUUUGUUUAAAGAUUUCUUGGUUAAAGUUUCGAAAAAAAAGGGAAACGGAAAUCUUGGAUGCCAAGGAAUCUUUCAAAAAAACUUUGUUCCGGGUGCAAACUAGUUAGACUUCUAAAAAUAUACUUCUGAAUUUCAAACAACAACAAAGUUUGACUAAAAUAAUCAGAUUUAUUUUGAACUCUUUGUUGUGCACGAAUCAAUGAAAAGCAAUUUUUUCAAAAAUUGAUAGAGAUAACAUGAAAAGUGAGGGAAAAUAAAUUUAUCAAAAAAAUUUCAGCGCUGAUGGAAACUAUGAGGUGUCUUUCAAAUCGAAUGUUUUUGUGGAAUAUAAUGGAAGUGUGACUUGGGUUCCACCAGCAAUGUUUAAAAGUAGUUGUCGGAUUGAUGUUGAGUGGUGAGUUUAAAAAAAUAAGUGGAAGAGAUAGGUUUUCAGAAAAUAGAGAAGGUCGAAAAAAACAUUCACAAGGAAUGAUCGCACAAGUGACCCCCUGAAAUUUUGAUCUACUAUGUGGAAGUUGAUGUAUAUGGCGAGAUAUGAAAAACCCCAAACGGAUUUUGUAGGAGAAAAAUCAUUGGGGAAGUUCCAGGGGGUCUAAAAUUUUAGUUACAAUAAAUUUCGAAAAUGACAUAUAUUUUCAAAAAAUCGUAUUCCAGCUCAAACUUCAUGAAAAUUGACAAACUUUGCGUCAUUUUGCAGCUAAUGUGAAGUACUUUUAACGGUACUUACGACCAUAUUUAUCAGAUUUUUUUCAAGAUUUGGAAACAUGAGGGAAAAAAAUGAAAUUUUUUUUUUACAUUUUCAUAUAAAGUCGCCGUUUUAGAAGCCUGGGCGGAUUGUGGGACCCGUUCCAUCGGAUUCAGCGUCAAAAAAUACGUCGGAAAACAUACUUGAAUAUUGUUAGAGUCAGCCAUUGUUGAUAUGUUAAUAUCCGAUUUUUAUUAUCAACCCAUAAAUUUUGACAAAAAAAUGUCAUUUGUUUGUUUUUUUGAAACAGUAAAAUUUUCCUAUGUAAUUUUUCAUGGUAAAAAUGAUUAAAAAUCGUUUUCAAAACAAUUUUUGUGACUAUCAGACGUUGUUUCAUAAUGAUCAGAUUUCAAAAAAUUUUCGAAGCAUUCAAAACUGAAAAAAAAAACAUUUUUUGCAGUGUAAGAGUCCGAAUCCAAAAAGUUUGUUUGCAAAACAUUGCUUACUUUUUUCCACGCAAAAAUGGGCCAUAAGGUGCUCCAUGAAAGUAACAGUCUCAAGAGUUGGCUGCUUGGAAAAAAAAUUCUCAAGGCUCGGCUCCUUGAAACAAACAGUCCGAAGGCUCGGCUUCUUGAAACAAACGGUCUCAAGGGUUGGCUGCUUGGAAAAAAAAUUCACAAGGCUCGGCUCCUUGAAACAAACAGUCCGAAGGCUCGGCUUCUUGAAACAAAGAGUCUCAAGGGUUGGCUGCUUGAAACAAAAAUUCACAAGGCUCGGCUCCUUGAAACAAACAGUCCGAAGGCUCGGCUUCUUGAAACAAACAGUCCGAAGGCUCGGCUCCUUGAAACAAACAGUCCGAAGGCUCGGCUUCUUGAAACAAAAAAAAAACACUGUUUGUUUCAAGAAGCCGAGCCUUAGGACUGUUUGUUUCAAGAAGCCGAGCCUUCGGACUGUUUGUUUCAAGGAGCCGAGCCUUGAGAAUUUUUUUUCCAAGCAGCCAACUCUUGAGACUGUUUGUUUCAAGAAAAUUUUUUGAAAUCUGAUCAUUAUGAAACAACGUCUGAUAGUCACAAAAAUUGUUUUGAAAACGAUAUUUAAUCAUUUUUACCAUGAAAAAUUACAUAGGAAAAUUUUACUGUUUCAAAAAAACAAAAAAAUGACAUUUUUUUCUCAGCACUUGACUCUGUAGACUGACUGUAGAAAUUUCGUUGGUACUUUGUACGAAAACGGGGAAGAGAGAAUUGCACAUAAGUAACAUCCGUUUAUCUACAAAGUAGCUACAGAACAGCAACGGCGUAGCUACGGAUUCAAAAAUAAUAAAGAGCGGUCACUUCACUUCAUUUCUGUCCGCGAAUUGUGUAGCUACAGCGUAGAUACGCUGUACCUACGUUUUCAUCUCUGAUUGUGUGACGCUUGGCAGCUCUCGUCAGAAUUUAAGGUGUGCGUAAUAACGAUUUAUCAUCUGCGUAGCUACGAAUUUGAUUUUUUUCGUAGCUACGCUGAAGAUAAAAUGAACCUACGAUUUUCGGGAAAAAAAGUGUAGGUACAGCGUUCAUUCGCUGUAUUCACACUUCUUCAAUUUGUACAGUCAGUCUACAGAGUCAAGUGCUGAGUUGUCAAAAUUUAUGGGUUGAUAAUAAAAAUCGGAUAUUAACAUAUCAACAAUGGCUGACUCUAACAAUAUUCAAGUAUGUUUUCCGACGUAUUUUUUGACGCUGAAUCCGAUGGAACGGGUCCCACAAUCCGCCCAGGCUUCUAAAACGGCGAUUUUAUAUGAAAAUGUAAAAAAAAAAUUUCAUUUUUUUCCCUCAUGUUUCCAAAUCUUGAAAAAAAUCUGAUAAAUAUGGUCGUAAGUACCGUUAAAAGUACUUCACAUUAGCUGCAAAAUGACGCAAAGUUUGUCAAUUUUCAUGAAGUUUGAGCUGGAAUACGAUUUUUUGAAAAUAUAUGUCAUUUUCGAAAUUUAUUGUAACUAAAAUUUUAGACCCCCUGGAACUUCCCCAAUGAUUUUUCUCCUACAAAAUCCGUUUGGGGUUUUUCAUAUCUCGCCAUAUACAUCAACUUCCACAUAGUAGAUCAAAAUUUCAGGGGGUCACUUGUGCGAUCAUUCCUUGUCAGAUUUUUUCCAAGCUAAUUGACUUGUGCAGAAGAAUAAGAUGUUGACAAAAACAAGAUUUUCUCUUUUUUUCUAAAUUUGGAACCAUAAUUUUUUGACAAAAUCUAAAUUCUUUCACAAAUAAUAUUUUUUAUUUUUUGUCGACAUUUUAUUAUCCUGCGUUCGCCCAUAAGAAAUUUGGGAUUUCAGCGUUUUCUCUUUCUUUCUAAAAGCUUUUCCCCGUUCAGACCUGAUAAAAACUUUUAAUUUAAUAUUCAAUUCAACUUAUCAAUUUUCAGGUUCCCAUUCGACGAACAAACUUGUUCACUAGUUUUUGGCUCAUGGACCUAUAAUUCUGAAGAAGUUUUGCUUUACUGGUAUAACGAUAUUCAAGCUGUCCAACUUCAUGAUUAUUCAUAUUCUGGAAUUUGGGAUGUUAUAGGUAUAUUGAAAAUGCUCAAAAAUUAAAAAAAAACAACUGAAUUUCAGAUGUGCCAGCGCAAUUAGUUCACAAACCAGAGCUCAAAGAAAAUAAAAUGGUUUUCAAUGUAGUUAUUCGAAGGUGCAUAUAAUCUUUUUUUUUUAUUAAAAAAAUCAAUUUUUUUCAGAAAAACCCUUUUCUAUACUGUUAUUCUGAUAAUACCUACCGUACUCAUGGCGUUCCUUUCAGUGAUGGCAUUCUAUCUCCCAGUAGAUUCUGGUGAAAAAGUGUCACUCACAAUUUCACUCCUCCUUGCUUUGGUGGUUUUUUUGCUGCUUGUCUCCAAAAUUUUGCCACCAACUUCGAAUAUUCCACUGAUGGGCAAAUAUUUGCUGUUGGCUUUUGUGCUGAAUAUUGCGGCUGUUGUGGUGAGUUUGGGAAACAUGGUUUUCGUAAUUUUUUUUUUGAAAUGUGAAAUUUUGAUUUGAGAAAAAACCACAAAGUAGUAAGUGCUAAUCAUUCAGAAAAAUCUCUCAAUUGAUCCGAAAGUCUUUCGAAACAGUGGAGAAAAGGGUUUGACUUUUACAAUUUUCAAAGAACGAAUAUAACUGGAAAAGUUGGUUCGAUGGAUUUAUUAUAAGUAGGAAUUUCUGAAUUGUUUUUUUCUGAAUUCCCAGAAGUUCACUGGUUCUAGAAAUUUAGAAUUUCGAGAAUGUUGAUUCCAGAAUUUCAAAAUUUCAAUAUUCACUCUAAAAAUACGAUUGUUCAAUAUAAUCUAAUCCCAUCACAAACUUCAGAAAACACCAAAAAAUUGCUUUCCAGGCCACUGUUCUAAUCGUCAACAUCUACUUCAGAAGUGCGCUCUCACACAAGAUGCCAACAUGGGUUCGAAAAAUAUUCCUCGAAUUUCUUCCUCAUCUUUUAGUGAUGAAGAGACCGGAACGAAUUCCAAUUUUCAAUGGAUAUUUUGUUGAAGAAUAUUGUGCAUCAGAAAUUUUUGAUGCUAGUUUGGUAAUGCCAUCAAUGACUGCAACAAUGUUGCCAUUUUUACAAGUCACAUCGCCCACAAUGGAAAAUGCGCCAACAAGUAGCAGCACGGCAAAUAAUGAACAUCAUGAAAAUUGCUCGAGGUGGAAGAAACGAUUGUCUUUUAGAAUGUCGAGGAGAAGAGCGCCGAGGGUGGGUUAAUUUUUGAAGUCUCGUGCUUCACAAAAAUUUGAAGUACUUCUCAAAAUACGAUAUCUGAAACUUUAUAUUCUUCAUUGAUUAAUUAUCACAAAAAAUUUUUGCUAACAAAAAUAUUUUCUGAUUUUCAGGUUCGUCUUGACGAAGAAUCCGAAGACAUUGUCGAAGAUUCAAACUCAAAUCACAUAGAUCCAUAUCACGAAAAAAUCAGUAAAGAAAUGAUCACAACUGUCGAAGCAAUCGCAUACAUUGCCGAACAUAUGAAACGAGAAAUGAGUUUGAAAAAAAUGCGCGAUGAUUGGAAAUAUGUGGCAAUGGUAUUAGACAGAUUGCUACUUUUGGUAUUUUUUGGUAUUACUCUUGGUGGAACACUGGGGAUUAUUUGCUCGGCUCCACAUGUUUUUGAGUUUAUUGACCAGGAAGAUAUUAUCAAUAAAUUGCGGAUAAAAUAUGUACCAGAACAUUUGAGAUAA